AUGGAACAUGUUGAUAGUGCUAAAAAUGAAAUGAUUAAUUUAUGUCGAAAACAAUAUAAAAAUAAUGAAAAAGUAUUGAAGCAAAUAGAAGAAUUUUCAAUAAACUAUGAUAAAGAUCAUGCAAGUGAAUGGUAUUCGAAAGAUAUCUUUCUUUUUCGUUUAUUGAAUAGAGCACUUCGUACAGAAAAUUUUGAUGUUAUUUAUAAAUUUCGAUCUUUUAUUGCUGAUCUUCAUCAUCAUCUGGAACGAUUGUACCGUGAACGUAGUGAAAUAAUUUCAAUCGUGUAUCGUGGAGCACAAAUGUCAAUACAAGAGUUAAAAGCUUUAGAAGAAAAUUCAAAUGGAUUAAUUUCAAUUAACACGUUGACUGCCCGGUGCAUCAUAUAUGAUGCAUGA